CAAGUGUUCAAAGAUGGCCGCCCCCAAGGAGCUGUGGCGUGAAGGGCGCGGACAUAUUACCUGCAAAGCCUGAAAUCCGUUGUCCGUACCCCUUAGAAACGCCCUUCAUCGUUGGCCGCCAUAGGCCGCCUCGGAUGCAGGGCUAAGGGCCAGAAGGGGAAGAAUUCACAGAAGUAAGCGCAGCCUCUAGGAGGUUGCUGUAGGGUCAGGAGAAAAAUCAGCUCACAGGUCCUGGCUCCCCAGAAGCAGUAGAGACCAAGCGAAGGAGAGAGGUGAAGGAGUUGGAUAUCGUCAUUUCUUGGGAUACCCUUGACCAGAAAGUAAGACUUCAGAAUAGAAAUUUAGGACAGAUCUAGAAAAGACUAAGGACAGAGAUCGCAGUCCCUGGCCAUUUCCCAAGAGCAGAAGAAAAUGAUCAAUGCCCAGGAAUCACUGACGUUCAGCGACGUGGCUGUGAAGUUCACCUGUGAGGAGUGGCAGCUCCUGGACCCUGCUCAGAAGGACCUGUACCAGGACGUGAUGUUGGAGAACUUUAGCAACCUGGUGUCCGUUGGGUUUCAAGCUGGCAAACCAGAUGCACUCUGCAAGGUGGAAUGACAAGAACAAACAUGGAAAACAGAACAUGAAAUCCACAGUCCAAGACAUCAAGAAAUUGGGAAACUUGAUCAUAUGGAGGGGCAUUUCCAAAACCAAAGAUAUCUGAAGAUAAUGGAUCAAUGCUAUGAACAUAAUGCAUUUGGAAAUAUUGUUCAUGGGAACAAAAGUUAUCUUCUUUUAAGGCCAAGUCAUAAUAUGUUUGAUUUGUAUGGAAAAACUUUGAAGUCAUAUUUAGGUUUGGUGAACCAGAACAGAAGUUGUGAAAUAAAGGAGCUUGUUGAGUUUAAUGGAUAUGGGAAAUCCUUUUUCCAUGAUAAUCAUGAGCAAACUCAUACUGAAAUUAAAUUCCAUGAAAACAGAAAACCCAUCAGCAUUAAGUCACAUCUCCUUAAACCUCAGAGAACUUACAAAAUAGAAAAAACUCACGAAUAUAUUGAAUGUGGGAAAACCUUCAUCAAGAAGUCUCGGCUUACUGAACGUAAGAAAAUUCAGUCAGGAAAGAAACCUCAUGGAUGCAAUAUAUGUGGAAAAACCUUUUUCAAGAAGUUCAAGCUCACUGAACAUCAAAGCACUCACCAAGGAGAGAAACUCCAUGAAUGCAGUGGAUGUGGGAAGGCCUUCCUCAGGAAAUCUCAGCUUAGUGAACAUCAGAAGAUUCAUACAGGAAAUAAACCCCACGUGUGCAAUAUGUGUGGGAAAGCAUUCUCCAGAAAGUUCAAGCUAACUGAACACCAGAGAACACAUACAGGAGAGAAACCUUAUGAAUGUACUGAAUGUGGCAAAGGCUUCUGCAGGAAGGCGGAGCUCAUUAUACAUCAGAGAAACAAGAGAGGACAAAAGCCCCAUGGAUGCAGUGAAUGUGGGAAAGGUUUCUCCAGAAAUUCACAGCUCAUUGUACAUCAGACAACUCAUACAGGAGAGAAAUCCUACAUGUGCAGUGAAUGUGGAAAAGACUUCAUCCAGAAGGGCAAUCUCCUUGUGCAUCAACGAACUCAUACUGGACAGAAACCCUACGUAUGCAGUGAAUGUGGGAAAGCCUUCAGCCAGAAGGCAUGCCUCAUAGCUCAUCAGAGAUUUCACACAGGAAAAACUCCCUUUGUAUGUAGUGAAUGUGGGAAAUCUUGUUCUCAGAAGUCAGGUCUUAUCAGACAUCAGAGAAUUCACACAGGAGAGAAACCAUACAAAUGCAAUGACUGUGGGAAAGACUUUGCUACAAAGACAAUGCUCAUUGUACAUCAAAGAACUCACACAGGAAAGAGACCCUAUGGUUGCAGUGAGUGUGGAAAAGCUUUCUCCUACAUGUCCUGCCUUAUUAAACAUAAGAGAAUGCACACAAGAGAGAAACGUGUAGGUUUAGUAAAGGUCAAUAAUCCUUCCACAGAGAGUCACAGCUCAUUACAUGCAGAUGAACUCACAAAGGGGAAAAACCCUGUCAAUACAGUGACCGUACAAAUACCUGCUGUGGCAGCUCAGACUUCAUUAACUAUCAGUGGGCUCCUAGCAGAUAGGAAUGUAGUCAUUCUGGGACAGCCUGUUGUUCAGUGUGUGCCCUCAGGAGAAUUUGCUCAGGAGAGAACCCUUAUGAAUGCAGUGAAUGUGGUAAUGCCUUCAGUGAUCAAUUACAUCUUAUUUUAUGUCACAAAAAACACAUAGGAAAAAAACUAGUACAUUCAAUGAGGAAAAGAGUUAAACCUUCUACCUCAUAUAUGGUUGCUAAGCAUAUACUGAGAGAAAUA